CAGGUACACGCGGCCGGGAAGCUGCGGAAUUCUAGAAUCGCCACGAAGUUCGUCCGGAAUCGCCACGGAACGGUCGAUCGCACUGCCUGUUAGUAUUUACCGUUCCAAAACAGUGCAGAGUCGAUCGCUACCAACGAUACAACACCACGCUUGGAAGUGCCCCACAAUCAGAGGGGAUCUAAAAGAGGCUUUUCGCUAGGCGUAUAAUUAAAGAACAAACCCCAACCCCUUUUCACCAUGGCCCAUCGUAUUCUUAGCGGUCGGUUGGUGCUAGUGGCCGCGUUUGGCCUAAUUGUGUUCCUUGUUCCACACAGCAUUGCUCUCAAGGAGGGCGACUGUGAAGUUUGCAUCAAAACAGUGGACACUUUCAGUGAGACGCUGUCGGAUGAGGUGAAGCAAGAACCAAAACGGAUAGAGGACGAGUUCCGGACGUUUUGUAAAAACGUGAAGAAAGAAAGCAAAGAACAGCGCUUUUGCUAUUACUUAGGUGGAGUCGAAGAUUCCGCCACCGGCAUCCUGGGAGAACUUUCGAAACCGCUCAGCUGGUCCAUGCCGGCUGACAAGAUUUGCGAGAAACUGAAGAAGAAGGACGCACAAAUCUGUGAUUUACGAUUUGAUAAACAAAUCGAUGUGAAUACCGUCGACCUGAAGAAGCUCAAGGUGCGCGAUCUCAAGAAAAUUCUCUCCGACUGGGACGACGAGUGCGAUGGGUGCCUGGAAAAGACUGACUUCAUCAAGCGUAUCGAGGAGCUUAAGCACAAGUACGCCAGGACGGAGCUGUAACGUCGCCCGGGUACGCUGGAUCUGGCCGUCAUCGUCACGAUUGUUGGCACCUUUGUAGCAUCCACCAUCUACUGCCGUCUCGCCUCUACCAUCACCUAAUUCACCCCACACAUUAUAUACCACCGGAUGUUAAUUUAUUGCGCACUCGCUUGUCCCUCAUCCGGAAACGGAACAGAAGCGGAACGGAGGUGUGCCUUGUUCACUGUUCGUCUAGAUGAGCGAUACUAGGGCAUUUCCUUGGAGAUGGCAAAACGAGACGACAGACCGAGGCUCAGGCGGAGACUUACUGGUACCGGAUAAGCUCGUUUUUUUUUGUUCCGGUCACAAACGGUACUAUGUUGUGUCAGUGUCGGAUAGGAGAUACGGAAGAAUUUCAAGACAGAGAGAAGGUAUCGGCAAAAGUACAGAAAAAUCGAUAAGCGUUUGCUCUUUACAAUAUCAAAUAUAAAGAACGCUGUCAAAAACUAAUUCGCAACAAUGUUAUUAAAUUCGAAACCUUCUCAACAGUGCGUGAUAUAUCACAUUAACACGUUUCGGAUAACUAGAUCAGACAAUUUCUAAGCAAAAAUAAUUCGUCUUAUGUGAGUCUUUUCGAAAAUAAAAAUGUUGCUUU